AUGUCUAAAGGGUCUACAUCGGUUGUACUUAUAAACGUGUACAAAGCCAUUAUUAAUUUUCUAAUAAGUAUGUUUAUAAACAAAGGAUCUAAUUUUGUAUUUCCUACCGAGAAAGUGGAUAAGGCUGUUGAGGAAGCUUGUCAAUGUCUAAAUCUUUCCGACGAUCAACUUAGAAAAGUUAUGCAUUCACUCAAAAUAGGCAUGGAACAGGGUUUAAAAAAGGGAACACCUCCUGGAGUUGGUCUGAGAAUGAUUCCGUCAUACGUACGAGGCAUCCCAAAUGGAACGGAGGCCGGCGAUUUCCUUGCGCUCGAUCUUGGUGGCACAAAUUUCCGAGUGCUUCUCAUUCGAUUGAAAGGAAGUGAAGCUGAAAUGAAAGGGAAGAUUUAUGAAAUACCGGUAUCCAUACAGCAAGGAACUGGAGAAAAGUUAUUUGAUCACAUUGCCGAGUGCAUUGCGUUAUUCACUAAUGAACAGUUCAGCAACCCAAGACUAAUUACUUGGACAAAGGGAUUCAACGCAAGUGGAUGUGUAGGAGAAGAUGUAGCGCAGUUACUAAGAAAUGCAUGUAACAGACGUAAGGCAUGUGAUUUUGUUUCAUUUGAUACAAAGACGUGGUCUAGUUGUAGUCCGUGUGUCGCAGUUCUCAACGACACCGUCGGAACGUUGAUGGCGUGCGCAUUCAAGGAAAACACUUGCCAGAUUGGUGUCAUCGUCGGAACUGGCACGAACGCAUGCUAUUUGGAGAAGCUCUCACGAGUUGAGAAAAUGAAAGGCGAAUGGGAAAAUGAUGGUCUACCGGACGAGAUGAUCAUCAACAUGGAAUUGGGAGGCUUCGGAGACGACGGUUCCAUUUCGUUCGCCCAUACCGAAUUCGACAAGAUAGUAGACAAGUUCACUAUUAACCCAGAAAAGCAAAUAUUCGAGAAAAUGAUAUCCGGCAUGUACAUGGGCGAAUUAGUUCGUGUCGUUAUAGAAACUCUAGCCAAGAAAGGUGUAAUGUUCAAAGGGUCCACUGAUGGCAUAUCUAAAGAAGAAUCCUUUACCACAGCACAUGUUUCUGCAGUUGAGAGUGAAAUGAUAAGUGAUGGAAGCGCAUAUUCGUAUCCGAAGACUCGUGAAAUUCUUCGAAAUAUUGGUGUCAUCAACAUCUCUGAUGAGGAUUGUCUACAUGUUGGUUAUAUAUGCGCGAUGCGCCCAUUCGUCACCGUCGGUGUGGAUGGAUCUGUCUACCGAUUUCAUCCGACAUUCAAACAACUACUCGAUCAAAAAAUUUCUGCUCUAGUUGAUAGCGGUGUUAAGUACCAACUGAUGUUGUCGAAAGACGGAAGCGGUGUUGGAGCUGCAGUUGUAGCAGCAGUCGCGACUCGUACCAAAAGAAAAAUGGCCGAAUACGAACCUAUUGCGGCUGAUGCGGACGCAAAGCCACCACCACCACCACCGUUGACGGAACAAAAACCGGCAGUGAUUCUAACACCUCUAUCUCCACUAUUACCUGCACCACCUCAGCUUGCUCAGCCUCCGAUAGUACAAACUCAGCUAACACCAGAUCUUCUACAACAAAAACCUAUACCUCAAUGUCCAGCGCCUCUUCAACCUCAACCACUUGGUCCGUCCUUACCACAAAUUGAUCCUGCUAUGCUGAAUGAUCCAUUUUUCGCAUGUCCCAAACCAAACUCAGAACCAGAAACGGGAAAGAAAUCAAGGUAA